UACUGGAGCCAGGUUUCUCAAAGUUGGUCCUUCUGUUUCCCUCCUUCUUUCUAGGCGAAAUGAAGCUGACUCUGGUGCAGUUCUUCUUCAUGAUGUUGCUGCUGCUGCUGGGUCUGGGGGUGGGCCUGGGGUUGGGACUUCAGAUGGCUGCAGCAGUCUUGGAGGAAAGUGAUCAGCUACUGAGUGAGUUUCAGUCCAGUGACUCACAGGACAAGACUCAGGCCACUAAGAAGGAAGCGGGCACCCGAACCAUGGAAACCCUGCUGCUUAGUGACAAUGUAGUGAUGCAACCAGAAGAGACCAUCCUUAGUGAAGACGAAGUUGGAGGAAACAAGAUGCUCAGAGCUCAGGCUUUCUCCCAGAGCUACCCAAACUAUCUCAGGUCUGACCUGAUGGACAGGGAAUGCAAUACCCUGAUGGCAAAGAAGAUGAAACCGCACAAUCACACAUGCAUAUCCCAGUACAUAUUCAUCCAUGAGGAACCAGAUGAAAUCAAAGUUGUCUGUAAGAGUCCUCCUGUUGCCUGUGAGCUCAAGGGAGGCAAGUGUCACAAAAGCGCCCGUCCUUUUGAUUUGACAUUCUGCAAGUUAUCCAAACCAGGCCAAGUCACUCCUCACUGUAAUUAUGUAACUUUCCUUCUUGAAAAGCACAUUUUGAUAUCCUGUAAUGACAUGAAAGUCCAGGUAAUGUCUGGAUCAUGAAGCAACUUCUCUUCUUCACUUUCUCAUCUUUGUCUUUCUCUCCACUUGCUCUUUUU